AUGACAAUCGACGCCGAGCUCAAGGCCAAGCUGGGCAGGUGGUCAACCAGACUGGGCACCUUGCCUAGCCUGGCCCUGCCCACAGACUACCCACGACCGACCCCAGCUCGCAUGAUCGAGUCCACCCAGACGCUCCCAAUCCCAGCCUCGCUCAUCCCUCCCCUCAUGCACUUGACUUACGAGUUCAGCGAGUUGUAUCCUUCGUCGACCCUCCCGACGCCGUACCACCUUCUCCUUACGUCCUUUGUCAUCCUCCUCUUCCGGUACACGCCCGAUCCAUCCCUCGUUGUUUGCACCUCAGCCCCCGGAACCACCACCCCUCUGCUCCUCAAGUUGGAUAUCACCGCGGAAAUGACGUUCUUUGACGUCCUGCGUCAAGUCAUGGAGCGCGAGACCGAAGCCGCUGCCGACGUUCUUCCCUUGUCCAACCUUGUCGAUCAUCUCAAGCCUGAGGGCCCUCUCUACCGGGUGCGGUUCUUUGACUCGACCCAUGUCGAGUCCGACCCCCACUCCUCGCUUUCGACCGACUUCACUCUCUUCCUCCUCGCCGAGCCAAGCGACAAGCCCGCAACACGUAUGGCCAUCCCCCCUCUCUACCUUCGCCUCACCUACAACUCCCUCCUCUUCACCCAGUCGCGCGUCCAGGCUACCCUCGAGUCCCUGCUUCAGCUUAUUCGCUCGGCAUCAAGCAAUGAUCCCACCCACCCCCUAGGAUCAUUGCCAAUCCGUACCGACUCCCAACUUAGUGUCCUUCCCGACCCAAGCGCGGACCUCGACUGGUGUGGCUUCGUGGGUGCCAUUCCGGACAUCUUCUCGGCCAACGCCAAGGCCCACCCCGACCGUACCUGCGUUGUGCAGUGCGAGCUGGCGCCUGGCCAGGGAAUCAUGGACGGCCCCAGCAAGGGUAGAAGGACGUUCACGUACCGCCAGGUUGAUGAGGCGUCCAAUGUGCUUGCCCACGCCCUCAUCAAAAGCGGCCUCAAGCAGGGCGAGGUAGUCAUGGUCUACGCCGCCCGUUCCGCUGAGAUGGUUGUCUGCGUUAUGGGUAUCCUCAAGGCCGGUGGUAUCUUCUCCGUUGUCGACCCCGCAUACCCCCCUAACCGCCAGAUCGUCUAUCUGUCGGUUUCCACUCCCCGCUCGCUCUUGGUGAUCAAGUCAGCUGGCGUUCUCUCGCCCACGGUCUCGGACUACAUCAAGGACAAGCUUGACCUCCACGUCCACAUCCCCGCUAUUGAGCUCACCGAAAACGGUAUCACCGGUUCUCCUAGCGGCUCUGCGGAGGACAUUCUCGCUCCCUACCAGCAGCUUGCCCAGACCCCCGCUGGUGUCGUUCUUGGACCCGACUCUCCCGCCACUUUGUCCUUCACCUCCGGCUCGACUGGCAUCCCCAAGGGCGUCAAGGGUCGUCACUACUCCCUCACUCACUUCUUCCCUUGGAUGGCUCAGCGCUUCGGCCUCAGCCACGAGUCGCGCUACACCAUGCUCAGCGGCAUCGCGCACGAUCCCAUCCAGCGCGACAUGUUCACGCCGUUGUUCCUCGGAGCGUCCCUCUACGUCCCAACCGCCGAUGACAUCGGCACUCCCGGUCGCCUCGCCGAGUGGAUGGACGACAACAAGGUCACCGUCACGCACCUGACUCCUGCCAUGGGUCAGCUCUUGUCCGCGCAGGCCACACGCCAGAUCCCAUCUCUUCUCAACGCCUUCUUCGUCGGCGAUGUUCUCACGAAGCGCGACUGCCACCGCCUGCAAUCGCUUGCCAAGAACGUUUGCAUCAUCAACAUGUACGGGACGACCGAGACUCAACGUGCUGUCUCUUACUUUGCUAUCCCUUCCGUCAACGAGGACCAGACUUUCCUGUCGACUCAGAAGGAUCUUAUCCCGGCCGGCCAGGGUAUGAUUGAUGUCCAGCUCCUUGUCGUCAACCGCACCGACCGCAACGUCCCUUGUGCGGUUGGAGAGAUGGGCGAGAUCUACGUUCGUUCUGGUGGACUUGCUGAAGGCUACCUUGACCCUGCGGCUACUACCGAGAAGUUUGUCACCAACUGGUUCACCGAGGGCGUUGAGCGUGAGGACACCCUCGUCACGACCAACCCUGCAGCUGCUCAGCACUGGUUUGGCAUUCGUGACAGGAUGUACCGUUCUGGUGACCUCGGCCGCUACCUCCCUGAUGGACGCGUCGAGUGUACUGGUCGUGCCGACGACCAGAUCAAGAUUCGUGGAUUCCGCAUCGAGCUCGGUGAGAUCGACACCCACCUCUCGCGCCACCCUCUUGUCCGUGAGAACGUCACCCUUGUCCGUCGUGACAAGGACGAGGAGAAGGUCCUCGUGUCUUACUUCGUCCCCAACGACGGUCCCGAACUCGACGGCAUGGCCUCUGCCAGCGAAGGUCUUGGAGCCGACGAGGAUGAGCUUGACCUCAAGCAGGAGAUGAUCCGUGGCGUUCGCCGUUACCGCCGUCUCAUUCGCGACAUUCGCGAGCACCUCAAGAAGAAGCUUCCUUCUUAUGCUGUGCCUGCCGUCUACUUCCCCCUGCACAAGCUGCCUCUCAACCCGAAUGGCAAGAUCGACAAGCCAGCCCUUCCCUUCCCCGACACUGCUCUCGCCGUCAAGCCGACUUCCAAGGCCUCAUCUGAUCUCACGCCUACACAGAAGACCAUUCACGACAUCUGGCUCAAGCUGCUCCCAUCGCCGCCUCCUUCGAUUGGCAUCGACGAGAACUUCUUCGACCUGGGAGGCCACUCUAUCCUUGCGACGCGCUUGAUCUUCGAGAUCCGAAAGACUUUCGUCGUCAAUGCGCCUCUGGGUCUGGUCUUCGAGAAGCCAACUAUUGGCCUCCAGGCCGCUGCCAUUGACGAGCUCGCCGCGGCUGGUCUUCAGUCAGCUGACGCCUCCGAGCCCGCCAAGGAGAAGGUCGAGGAGGUCGCGUACGCUGCCGACGUCGAGCUUCUGUCCAAGGACCUUCCCGCGACCUUCAAGCCGCUCCCGGCCGACUUCGCCACCAAGAAGCUCACCGUCUUCCUCACUGGCGCCACCGGCUUCCUCGGCGCAUUCAUCCUCCGCGACCUCCUCUCUCGCCGCGCCGCCAAGGUCAUCUGUCUCGUUCGCGCCAAGACUGCCGAGGCAGGCCUUGCCCGACUUCGCGACGGUGCUGAGGGGCGUGGUGCCUGGGACGAGCAGUGGGUCAAGGACGGGCGCGUCGAGGCCGUCGUGGGAGACUUGGGUGAUGAGAAGUUUGGUCUUGACGCAGCCACCUGGGCUCGCGUUGCCGCGGAGGCGGACGCCGUCCUCCAUAACGGUGCCGUCGUCCACUGGGUCUACCCCUACGCCAAGAUGCGCGCCGCCAAUGUUCUUUCGACUAUGACUGCGCUGGACCUUGUUGCCGACACGAAACCCAAGCUCUUCAGCUUCGUCUCGUCCACCGCUGUUCUUGACAAUGAGGCGUUUGUCCGCAAGUCCGACGAGCUGCUGUCGAUGGGCAAGGCUGGCCUUUCUGAGAAGGAUGACCUCGAGGACGCUCGAACUGGCCUCGACACUGGUUACGGUCAGAGCAAGUGGGUUGCCGAGAAGAUAAUCCUGGAGGCGGCCAAGCGUGGUCUUGCCGGUCACAUUCUCCGCCCGUCGUAUGUCCUUGGUGACUCCAAGACCGCCGUUACCAACACCGACGACUUCAUCUGGCGUAUGGUCAAGGGUUGUCUCCAGCUCGGCCUUAUCCCAGACAUCAACAACACACUCAAUAUGUGCCCUGUCGAUCACGUUGCCAUGCUCGCGUCUCUGUCUGCUCAGACGCUCACUCCUGAGAAGUUCAGCGUACUCCACGUUACUGGCCACCCUCGUCUUCGCUUCAAUGACCUCCUUGGCGCUCUGCAGACCUACGGUUACCCCGUUAGCCAGGUCGAGUACAUCCAGUGGCGACACAAGCUGGAGCAGCAUGUCCUCGACACGCAGGACAAUGCUCUCUUCCCGCUCCUCCACUUUGUUCUCGACGACCUCCCGACUUCGACCAAGGCUGUCGAGCUGGACGACACGAACGCGCAGGCAUUGGCUUCGGGUGCGGGCGAACAGCCCACGUCUGGCGUUACCGAGGACCUCGUCGGUCUCUACAUUGCCUGGCUGAUCCGCGCUGGAUUCAUGGAGGCCCCAGAGGCGGGCAAGGGUAAGCCAUUGCCUGUUCUCGAGGGCGGUGUCUCGCGUGCCAUUGGCCGCACCACCGCUGGACAGGUCUAA